UCCAAACUUUUGAUUGGUACUGUAUUUUCAUCCAUUCAGUCAUCAGCAUCGUUCAAGGGAACAUAUGACAUUACAAAAAUGCAUACCAAUGAAUAAUGUUUAUAAAGACCCGAGAACAUAUCUUGAUGAAAAAACAAGAGACUCUUGCCAAGAGUUAACGUUACAUGGAAGAUGACUGUCUGCAUCACAAAGAUACUCUGAGACCGAGUUAGGACAAUGUAUGAAAAUGUCCCAACAGUCUCCACAGUGGAGCGCCAGCAGGUAUUGCAGGCUUUGGAGCGGCUGCAGGCCAAGAUGGCCCAGAGGGAGGAGUGGACCCACAGUGAGAGGCUGGGGGUGCUGAGGGAUGCUCUACAGAGCCCACUGCUAGGACACAUCCUCACUCUACAGCAUUCAAUCAAACAACUCAAAGACCAGCUGAACUGCAUGCCUCCAGACACCUGCAGUGAUUUCAGCUUCUCUAGGAAGGGCCAGCUGAUUGUCAGUGCCAGCCGCCCAGCCAGCAGCCUGUGCACGUCCAUUCCCGGCACUGUGUUGUCCAACGGCUCGGCCCUUGCCUCCCCCGACCAGCUCCAGAGAUGGUUCUGCACCUCCGCUAAGGGGAGGCAGACAGAGCACAUCAGCCUGCCUAAGCCCUUGUCUGGGGGCCUGGGCUUCAGUGUGGUGGGCCUAAGGGCCGAAGGGACAGGGGACCACGGGGUCUUCAUCACACACGUCCAGCCUAGGAGCAUCGCACAUGGGGAUGGGCGCAUACAGGAGAACGACCAGAUCCUGGUGAUCAACGGGAUGCCCCUGGACCAGAGUAUCACCCAGCAUCAGGCCAUCGCUCUCCUGCAGCAGCCUGGGGACAGGGUGGAUCUAGUGGUGGCCAGGGACCCUGCCACCAUCACACAGCAUACACACACCCUCCCGCCCCAACUCCCGCCUGGGCCCAGUCACAAGGAGCAGUGGGGCCACAUGGAGGAGAUGGAGCUGGUGAACGACGGCUCGGGCCUGGGCUUUGAGAUUGUUGGAGGCAAGGCCACUGGGGUGGUGGUGCGGACUCUGGUUCCAAACAGUGUGGCUGACAAGGAUGGGCGCCUGCGUACAGGUGACCACAUCCUGCGUAUUGGUGAGACCCCCACAGGUGGCUUGGCCAGCGACCAGGUGGUCAAGGUGCUGCAGGGCUGCGGGAGCCACGUGCGCAUGCUCAUCGCCCGUGACCCCUCGGGACAGUAUUCCACCUCCCCGCCGCCCCCUCCCCCGCCCGCCGCCAGCCCCGUCUCUGUCUUACCCUCUGGAGUCGAACCCCAGAGUAGGAUCUACAGGACGCCCAACCUGGAGGGUUAUGAGAUCCAUAAAGUGCCUCUGAGGAAGAAGGAGGGCCAGAGCCUGGGGAUCACCAUCAUCGGAUACAACUCCUUAACCCGCGAAGAUGCGGUCGGGGUGUUUGUGAAGAACGUGGUUCCUGGGAGUGCCGCUGAGCAGAGCGGAAACAUCCGGAUCUAUGACAGGAUAAUAGAGCUAGACGGGGUGAGCCUGCAGGGCUUCACUAACCAGGAGGUUCUGGAGGUGAUGAAGCAGACAGGCCAGACGGUCCUCCUCACCCUGGUCAGGAAGAUAGCCUCGCCCAAACCGUCACUGGAGAGGUCCCUGGACAAAGGUGUGGAGGAGAUCUCUCUGUCUGAGCUGGAGCUGAAGGACAAAUGGGAGCAGUCUCUGGGGCCACAGUACGAUGUUCUGGUGGUUGAACUGGACCCUGUUAUUGAAGAUGAUGCUGAAUUACAGAAUUACUCCAAGCUGCUACCCAUCCACACCAUGCGUCUAGGGGUGGAGUUGGACUCGUUUGACGGCCACCACUACAUCUCCUCUGUGGCCCCAGAAGGCCCUGUGGCCAAACACGGCCUCCUGAGACCAGAGGACGAACUACUAGAGGUAAACACGGUGCAGCUGUACGGCAAGUCGAGGCGCGAGGCGGUGGCGUUCCUUCGUGAGGUUCCCCCUCCCUUCACCCUGGUGUGCUGCAGACACCUGACAGAGGAGAACUCAGACUACCAGCAUGACCGGGACGAUAAGUGGCGCUCGCCCAGCACUGCUGCCAGCCUCUCUGAGCAGGACCGAGCCACCCUGAAGGAGAUGUCAGAGGAGGACCGAGCCACCCUGAAGGAGAUCUCAGAGGAGGACCGAGCCACCCUGAAGGAGAUCUCAGAGGAGGACCAAGCCACCCUAAAGGAGGUCUCAGAGGAGGACCAAGCCACCCUGAAGGAGAUCUCAGAGGAGGACCAAGCCACCCUGAAGGAGAUCUCAGAGGAGGACCUAGCCACCCUAAAGGAGAUCUCAGAGGAGGACCGAGCCACCCUAAAGGAGAUCUCAGAGGAGGGCCAAGCCACCCUGAAGGAGAUCUCAGAGGAGGACCGAGCCACCCUAAAGGAGAUCUCAGAGGAGGACCAAGCCACCCUGAAGGAGAUCUCAGAGGAGGAGCAAGUGCCCACAUGGAAUGAAGAGGGAGAGCUGGCUCUGUGGUCCCCAGACAUCCAGUUGUUGGAGCUGGAGAAGAGAGAGAGAGGCCUGGGCUUCAGCAUACAAGACUACCAGGACCCUCUGGACAGGGCAGGCUCGGUCAUCGUCAUCCACUCCCUGGUGCCCGGCAGUGUGGCAGAGCGCCAUGGGUACAUGCUCCCCGGGGACCAGCUGGUGUUUGUCAACGACACCUACCUGGACACGGUGAGCCUGUCCCAGGCAGUGGAGGUGCUGAAUGCUGCCCCAUCUGGAACAGUCUACCUGGGCAUCCGCAAGCCACUGGUGGUGGAGGAGAAAGGUGGAGAUGGUACUGUGGAGAAGCUGGAGUCCAGAGCCCUCUUUGAUCAGCUCUCUCUAGGUCAGUCUGUGAAUUCCUGGGUGGAGACUGGGGACAGCGAGGCGGACUCAGACUCCAGGAACGGAAGAUCAGAACUCAUCCUCACAGACACAGAGUUAGUACCGCUCUUCUUCGGAAUACCAAUAUUGGUUUAA